CUAGAAGCUGAGAAUUGACACAAUUGAUCCGCUGAAGGAGGCACAUGCCCUAACACUUCAUCUAGCUUCGGUGGUGCUGGCUUGAUUGCGGCCGGAAACUCCACCAUUCUAAUAUCCGAUUCGCACAAUAGGAGCGAGGAAAGUGAAUUCCUGGUCAAUCCCUUGAAUCGCCAUAUUCAGUGACCAUGAAGUUUCGGUACGCUAUGGUGUGUUCUUCGAACCAGAACCGAAGCAUGGAGGCUCACUCCCUCCUCAAAAGGCAGGGCUUCGAUGUGUGUUCUUAUGGAACUGGUGCCCACGUUAAGCUCCCCGGGCCCUCCCUCAGAGAACCCAAUGUCUACGAUUUUGGAACUCCCUACAAGCAGAUGUUCGACGAUCUUCGCAGAAAAGACCAAGAACUCUACAAGCGAAAUGGAAUUUUGCCAAUGCUUAAAAGGAAUUCAACAGUGAAAUUGGCACCUCAACGAUGGCAGGACAAUGCUGCCGAUGGAUCCUUUGACAUCGUUUUUACGUUUGAAGAAAAAGUUUUUGAUAUGGUUGUUGAAGAUCUCCACAACAGAGAUCAUGUUCUGAUGAAAACUGUGUUGAUUAUAAACUUGGAGGUGAAGGAUAACCACGAGGAGGCUGCCAUUGGAGCAAGGCUUACUUUAGACCUUUGCCAGGAUAUUGAAGCUGUUGAAUCAUGGGAGGAGUCCAUUGAUGACAUUAUUUCCACUUUCGAGAGACAACACCGGCGAAAGCUGUUGUACAGUGUCUCCUUCUACUAAAGAGAGCCAAAGCAGUUCUUCUAGUUCUCACUACUGCCCUUAAAAAUUUUUCUUUUGCCAUAUUGGAGCUCCCAACUGCCUAUUCAUUCUCACUGAUCAUGACGUGAGUGUGAGGGGAACGAAUGAACUUAAAAUUUUACGCUCUUUUAAAUUUUACUUGUAGAUUCAUUUGGAAAGAAAACCAACCUAGUGUACUUGCAUUAAUGAUGGUGGAACAAGGAUUUUUUUUUUUUUUGACCGAAGUGGAACAAGGAACUCGUAGUCAAGAAGUUGGAGUUUGGAUUUUGCUGACAGCAGUUGGUUAAUUAGGAUGUAAAAUUGUAAGCAGAACGAGAUACAAAAUGUGAUUUUGCAAGUGCCAA